AGCUCCUGACAGUUGACAGGAAACGUCAAAGUUACGCGCUGGAGAACCAAUCGGCGACGGGGGAAGGCGGUUAGUGCCCUCCAGGACCCCACGUGACCCUCCUCAGUAGUUCCCAGGCGGUGCACGGGUGAGCUUGAGACUAUGAAUCAGCGGGUUGGGUUGUUUGUUCUCCUGGCGGCGGGCCUCCUCUGCCUCAGUUUGGCCCCUGUCUCUCGGGGUGACGAUCUGGUCGAAGACGGUCUGGAUGGCGAUGACGCCGACGUGGAGGAUGAAAUGGACCUGAGCUUGGCUGGAGAUGAGGAGGAUCUGGAGGACGAUGUGCAAGAUGAAGCUCCACCUGCUCCUAAAACCCCUCCCAGUCCACAGGUGACCUACAAAGCUCCUGAGCCAAAGGGGGAACACUUCAUUGCAGAGUCUUUUGAUAAGGGGACACUGGAUGGGUGGAUUCUGUCCAACGCCAAGAAGGAUGAUGCAGACGAAGAGAUCGCGAAGUACGACGGUAAAUGGGCUGUGGAGGAGAUGAAGGACAGUAAGCUGCCCGGCGACAAAGGUCUGGUCCUGAAGUCUCGAGCCAAACAUCAUGCCAUCUCAGCCCACCUGCUGCGACCUUUCACCUUUGAAACCAUGCCCCUUGUCAUCCAGUAUGAGGUGAACUUCCAGUCGGGUAUCGACUGCGGCGGCGCCUACGUAAAGUUACUGACUGAGACGCCCGACCUUGACCUGGACCAGUUUGUGGAUAAAACUCCAUACACCAUCAUGUUUGGACCCGACAAAUGUGGAGAAGACUACAAGCUGCACUUCAUCUUCAGGCACAAAAACCCCAAAACCGGAGAGUACGAAGAGAAACACGCUAAGAAACCCGACGCCGACCUGAGGACGUACUUCACCGACAAGAAGACUCACCUGUACACGCUGGUGGUGAACUCUGACAACAGCUUUGAGGUGUUGGUGGAUCAGACGGUCGUGAACAGCGGCAACCUGCUGACGGACAUGACUCCCGCUGUGAACCCCCCCGCUGAGAUCGAAGACCCUGAUGACCACAAACCCGAGGACUGGGAUGAGAGGCCCAAGAUCCAGGACCCGGACUCCGUCAAACCCGAGGAUUGGGAUGAAGACGCUCCGGCUCAGAUUCCAGAUGAAUCUGCGGUGAAACCUGAUGGCUGGCUGGACGAUGAGCCCGAGUACAUCGGAGACCCUGACGCCAUCAAACCUGAAGACUGGGAUGAGGACAUGGACGGAGAGUGGGAGGCCCCUCAGAUCCCUAACCCCGCUUGUGAGACCGCCCCCGGCUGCGGCACCUGGAAACGGCCAAUGAUCGACAACCCCAACUACAAGGGCAAAUGGAAGCCCCCCAUGAUUGAUAACCCCAACUAUCAGGGCGUCUGGAAGCCGAGGAAGAUCCCCAACCCGGCGUACUUUGAGGACCUUCACCCCUACAAGAUGUCACCGUUCAGUGCCCUGGGGCUUGAGCUCUGGUCCAUGACCUCUGACAUCUUCUUCGAUAACUUCUUCAUCACCAAUGACCGCAACGCUGCUGAACGCUGGGCCUCUGAUAGCUGGGGGCUGAAGAAGGCAGCAGAGGGCGCCGCUGAGCCUGGGCUGGCAGCUCAGAUGCUAAACGCUGCAGAGGAGCGUCCGUGGCUCUGGGUUGUCUACGUGCUCACCGUGGCUCUGCCGCUAAUCCUUAUCUUCGUCUUCUGCUGCACUGGAAAGAAGAAGAGUUCGGCGUCGCCGGCAGAGUACAAGAAGACCGAUGAACCUCAGCCUGAUGUGAAGGAGGAGGAGGAAGAGGAGGAGGAAGCUGAGGAGGCUCCGAAGGCUGAGAAGAACAGCCCAGGCACAGACAAGAGUGAAGAUGAAGAACCUGCAGAGGAAGAGGAGGACGAAGAAAAGGAGAACACAGCUGAUGAGAAGCUUGAGGACGAUGUUCUGCGGAGAUCUCCGAGGAGCAGGAAGCUCAGGAAGGAGUGAAGUCUGACUGCAGCCCUGACCUCAACAGCUCACCCCCUUCAUCCCCCCUCCCUCUCCCCUUCCUCCUCCUCCUCCUCAUUCUUCUUCUCGUCCACUCUGAGGCAAUGAGGCCUGAAUGGAACCAGUGGAAGCAGCAACGGAAAACUAAUCAAGACCUCCAACAUGGACACCUGAUGAUGAUGAUGAUGAUGAUAAUGAUUAUGUGUAUGAACAGCGCCGAGUUAGAUUCAAAGGAUUUUUGUUUUUGAAAGAGAUUUACUAAAACUUGCUGCAUCAUUCCUUCACAACACCUGAACACUCGAACCUGCAGGACCAACAUCCUGUUCGCCGCCAUCCUCAGCGAGCCCGCUUGAGGCAGUCUGUGUUGAGCUUCCAGCAGUCUUUAGCCUUCCAGCAGCCGAAACAUCAGUCAGGUCAAACAGUCUCCAGGUAACCAGAGUGUUAAACAGCCAAUGAGAACACCCUAAAUCGGUCCCUGGAGGGGCUUAGCCCAUCAUCCUGUUUGAGCUGCCGUGAUCCUGCUGCCUUGCGUUGUCACAGUCUGGGUGAAAACACCUGCUGACACGACGCCAACAGUCAGGAUGACUUUAAAAUCUUUUGACCAACCAGAAGUCUUCCUCAUUCCUUAAAGAGCUUAUAAACAGUUGGCUAAUCCAAUAUGUCAUCAUCUAGCUAACACAAUGUAACCUGCUAGCUAGACUAACCGUUACCAACAGUCAGUGAGUUAGCAUCGCAAAAGCCCAAUUAGCUUACCAACAUGCUGCUAAUUAGCUUUGGGAUCAGCUUGCCUUCAUUGCACGGGUUUGGUUUUUUUUUUGUUUUUGUUUUUUUUAUAUUUGAUCCACCACCAGGCUGCUAAUGAAUGCUACAACAAACUUAGCAACCCCACUUGUGUUAGCAAACCCAUAAGCUAACAGCUUGUUUAUUACAGUAAAUCAGCCUGUUGGUGGUUAUCCUACUAACAACCACAGUUUCCUGCUGGCUAAUCGGUCGAGCUGGGGAUGUUAUCCAGAAAUUACUAGGCCGUUUCUUCACCCUCCUUAAACCUGGUGUUGGCUAGGCGCUAGUGAGCUGUGUGGCGAUAUAACACCAAUGCUUACAGCAGCUAGCUGCUAACAGCUUGUGGAGUUCAUUGAUUAGCUAUCAGUCAUGCUAACGUCUGAAAUAAUAAACUGGUAACACUUUUUCUUCCAUUUUUCGUCUUUGUUUUUCUUAUGUAAAUGUUAGCAUAUGUUAGCUCGUCUAAUUUAAAAAGAAGGUCAAAGGUCACGUACGUGUAACAGUCUGCUGAUCUCGGGUAUGAUAGUUGUGUGAAUGAAGGUUCAGCUCAUACACACAAAAAAUCUUUAAAAUUAAGUUUUCUUUUUUUUUUUUGUUAUAACAGUGGCGCUCUGUGGACGUUUGAACAACACAAAAACACUACCACAAUGAGGUGCUUAACAUUUCAGCUGUCCGCCUGCAAAGCGCCACCACCUACGCCUGACCUCCACCAAUAACGGCUGACCUCCAUAGUGGUCGUUUUUAGGGUGUGGAGCGCGACUUCACCUGCUGACGUAGGCGUGGCUCGAAGCUCAGGUGGUGUGCGUAAGUGGACCUUGUGGGCUGAAGCACUUGCCAUGUGUGACCACAGGUGGUGCCAAAUUCAGAACCAAUACCCCGAAAGAUGAUCAUGUGAUCUCAGCGUCAGGCUGGGAAAAUGCCUGGUGUCCGUCCAACCAACAGUUUUAAGUCCUGCCAUGUAGCGCAAAAAAGUUAUUUAUUCAUAGAGUGAGGCUUAUUUUUCAUCUGUCUGUGAUAAAUUACCAAAAAACAACCAUCGUUCUUGAACUGGUAAAACCAGAGAUCAGCAUAUAAACUCUGACUGGUCGUGCAAUGCGCUGUUACGGUGUCCCGUCUGCAGCCCCCUGGUGGGCUGAGAAAGUACUGCAGGUGUGCCGCAAAAUCAAUAAAUGUAAAAGUUAAUUUUUAUUUUCUAACCCGAUUCUCUUUUGAGCCUGAAGUCAUCUUAUAUGAAGCAGGUGUCGGAGGUAAAGCUGUUGGUGGAGAAUCAAAAUAAAGAAGGAGAAACUCCCAUCUUUGGUUUGUGUGAUUAUCAGAGUUUGGGUGGGCCGAUCAAUGGGAAUCACAGAACGAGUUUGCUUUAUUUUCUCACUAAUGAUGCUUCAAAUCAAAUCAUUUGCUGUAAUUUUUGACUAUUCUGAUUAUAAAUCCUUAUCGUUCAUUCAGUCAAAUCUGAAUUUUACAGACUUUAACCUUCACUCUUCUGAUAUUUUCAUUUCCACUGCCAAAAUAAAAGUGCCUGGCAGGUAACGAUGAUUUCAAAUGAUCUGUGUGAAACUUAUUGAUGCUCUCAAACCCCUGAUCACCUGUUUAUGUGCUAAUCAUUCUGCAGAACCUUUUUUUGUUUUUGUUUUUGUUUUCCGUCUGAGGUGAAACUGAAGCGAUCAGCAGGUGGAAAAUGAUUCCAGCGUGAAUCCUGAGCCAGAUCUGUUUUCAGUCGGGACAGGCUGCUUGUGAUUGCCUGGUGGUUUAUGACAGGUGUUGAAAGUUUGUGUCAGGUGACCCUCUCCUCUUCCUCGUAGGAUGAAUUUGCUGGCUCUGCUGCUUGUAGUGGCCGUGAAGAUGCUGUUGUUUAGGCACGAUGGCGUUGUUCAUGGCAUUGUUGAAGCUGCCUCGCUAACAGACUGUAGACGGAACACUGUACCUGCGGGGGAGACUCUGCCUCUGUAACUCUGCUUUUUAUUUUGUUCUGUGUUUGUACUAACGGUUGGCCCGGCCGCCGUCCCCACGUCCACGCUGAGUGGACCUGCUGACAGGAAGCUCCAGCUUUCAAUGGAAAUACUGUGAUGAUGGAGCCUGCUCUGUGUUUAUGUGUGUGCGGACACGUGGUCAACACUCGUUUUGAUUAAUAAAAACAUCAAAUGGAAACCGAA